AAGGCGCCUAGAUGGCCUGCGGGCGCCACCGCGUCCCCGGUCCUAGCCCGGGAGCACAUCAGAGGCUUAGAGGCGAGUGGGAGGGAACCCAGACGGUGCAGAGCGAGAAAAGCCGGCGGCACCAAAGCCCCUCGGAGCGCCGCCCCCACCUCUAGUUCUAGAAAGUCAGUUUCCGGGCACUGACACCCAGGAACCCCGGGGGCUGCCGAGCUGGGGGGGCGCUCGAGCUGCGAGGAUCCGGGCUGCCCGCGAGACGGGGAGCGGGCGCCCAGAUGAACGACCCAGCACACCAAGAGUCUGACUGUGUUCCUUUAUUUCCAAAGCACAAAACGAAAACUGCUCAAGUCUUGAGGAUGGGGUGCGUGAAGUCCAAGUUCCUCCGGGCCGGAGACAAUACAUUCUCAAAAACUGAACCCAGCGCCAACCCGCACUGCCCUGUGUACGUGCCGGAUCCCACCUCUACCAUCAAGCCGGUGAGUAGGGGAGGUCCCAGUUUCCCUGGGGGCUGCCGGAUGCUGCCCCAACAUUGCCCUAACAGCCUCCUGUCUUUCCAAGACUGGGCAGGGCUCAUCGAGGUGACCUUGCAUUCGAAAACCCUUGGAUCUCUGAGUUUGCCACACCUGAUCCCCUACAGCCUUCACCGUCCGUGGCCCCAGCUGAACCGUUCUGAGUCUCCCAUGGGCACAGGGCCCUGCCAUGGCUGUGGACACCUCCACUCCCUCCUGUCCCUCAGAUCCGGGGAGUGGUGGAAGGCGCGGUCCCUGGCCACCCGGAAAGAGGGCUACAUCCCAAGCAACUAUGUCGCCCGCGUUGACUCUCUGGAGACAGAGGAGUGGUUCUUCAAAGGCAUCAGCCGGAAGGAUGCAGAGCGCCAACUCCUGGCUCCUGGCAACAUGCUGGGCUCCUUCAUGAUCCGGGAUAGUGAGACCACGAAAGGAAGCUACUCUUUGUCCGUGCGAGACUACGAUCCUCGGCAGGGAGAUACCGUGAAACAUUACAAGAUCCGGACCCUGGACAACGGGGGCUUCUACAUAUCCCCCCGAAGCACCUUCAGCACCCUACAGGAGCUGGUGGCCCACUACAAGAAGGGGAACGAUGGGCUCUGCCAGAAACUGUCGGUGCCCUGCAUGUCGUCCAAGCCCCAGAAGCCUUGGGAGAAAGAUGCCUGGGAGAUCCCCCGGGAAUCCCUCAAGCUAGAGAAGAAACUUGGAGCUGGGCAGUUUGGGGAAGUCUGGAUGGCCACCUACAACAAGCACACCAAGGUGGCAGUAAAGACGAUGAAGCCAGGGAGCAUGUCGGUGGAGGCCUUCCUGGCAGAGGCCAAUGUGAUGAAAACUCUGCAGCACGACAAGCUGGUCAAACUUCAUGCGGUGGUCACCGCGGAGCCCAUCUACAUCAUCACGGAGUUCAUGGCCAAAGGAAGCCUGCUGGAUUUUCUGAAAAGUGAUGAGGGCAGCAAGCAGCCCUUGCCAAAACUCAUUGACUUCUCAGCCCAGAUUGCAGAAGGCAUGGCCUUCAUUGAGCAGAGGAACUACAUCCACCGAGACCUCCGAGCCGCCAACAUCUUGGUCUCUGCAUCCCUGGUGUGUAAGAUUGCCGACUUUGGCCUGGCCCGGAUCAUAGAGGACAAUGAGUACACGGCUCGGGAAGAAUUCCAUGGCUCCUUUUCAGGGAUGUCAAACCCUGAAGUGAUCCGAGCUCUGGAGCGUGGAUACCGGAUGCCCCGCCCAGAGCACUGCCCAGAGGAGCUCUACAGCAUCAUGAUGCGCUGCUGGAAGAACCGUCCGGAAGAGCGGCCGACCUUUGAAUACAUCCAGAGUGUGCUGGAUGACUUCUACACGGCCACAGAGAGCCAGUACCAACAGCAGCCAUGAUGGGCAGGACCAGGGCAGGGCCAGGGGCCCAGGUGGUGGCUGCAAGGUGGCUCCAGCACCACCCACCAGGGCCCAGGCUGCCUUCCUACUCCCAGACACCCACCCUCGCUUCAGCCACAGUUUCCUCAUCCGUCCAGUGGGUAGGUCGGACUGGAAAAUCUCUUUUUGACUCUAGCAAUCCAUAAUCUGACAUUCUCAGGAAGCCCCCAACUUGAUAUUUCUGUUUCCUGAAAUGGUUAGAUUUCAGUUACAGCUGUGGUUUGGAUGGGAAACUUUCAAAAUAGUGAAAUGAAUAUUUAAAUAAAAGAUAUAAAUGCCAAAAUCUUUACC